CUUUAGAUGUCAACAUUGUACAUUAUAGCAUCGAAGAAACACUGGUGUGCUGAAGGAGUAUUUCGACUUUGUAUUCUGUAGUUAUAGUAAAACCAAUUAAAAUGCCUAAAGGAGGUAGAAAAGGGGGACAUAAAGGGCGAAUGAGGACAUACACGAGUCCCGAAGAGAUUGAUGCGCAAAUGAAAGCAGAGAAAGAACGUAAGAAGGAUGAAGAGGAAGGAGCAGCAGUAAAUGAUGAGCCAGUGGAGGAGAAGCCAACAGAGUCUGCCUCUGAUGACAGUGACGAUGAAGAUACACAGAAAAGGAAAGGUGUGGAAGGGUUGAUAGACAUUGAAAAUCCAAAUCGAGUUGUACAGAAAUCAAAGAAAGUAGCAGAUAUUGUGCUGGAAGGACCCAAAGAGCUUUCCAGAAGAGAAAGGGAAGAAAUAGAAAAGCAGAAGGCUAAGGAGAGGUAUAUGAAGAUGCAUUUAGCGGGCAAAACGGAACAGGCCAAAGCAGACCUGGCACGUCUGGCCAUCAUACGAAAACAACGGGAGGAAGCAGCCCGGAAGAAAGAGGAGGAGAGGAAAGCGAAGGAGUCGGUUGCGGCGGCGGCGGCGGCGGCAAAAGGACUUCACACCAUGUCUUUGAAAUGAUUACAGAGGACAGUUACAACUGAGGGACACCUGCUGCUAUUGUGGACGGAGGAAAAAAGAAAUGAGGCAGAAUAUAAAUCUGUUUAUUUUUUUGAAAGAUGCCCAUCUAUGAAGAGGAGGAUUUGAUGUGUCUUACAUUUUAUGACCAUUUCAGCAUUGUGUAUGAGGGAAAUGUUGAGUGGAUGCCAUUGAUUUAUUUAUUUUUUUUAUGUUCCACAAGAGUCAUUGUCUAUGCUGGACUGUUUUUAUGGAGUAUGCUUAGUCACUGUUGCCAAAGCAUCCCAUCAGUCAACCUUAAGAUACACAUGCAUCCUGCUAUGUUGCUGUUGGGUAUUUAGUGGAUUUUUAUAUGCCCUAUGCCUCCUAUUAAAAUUAUUGUUCCAAAAGUCUAAAUUAUCGGAUAAUUUUAAACCCAUUACAGCCAGUUUAUGAUGUAAUAAUUUAUGAUAUCUUGUCCAUACGUCUGUAUAUUUUCCUUCCUCUAGGGGGAAGCCUGUACUUGCCACACAAACCUGUAACCCUCUGGCUAACACUACUUAAAAAUGGUUAUUUGAUGAUGAAUAAAAGAGAAAAUGAGUGAUGACGGCUGAAUGAAAUAAGAAAUAGUGUAUAUAUAGGUGUUCGCCUGCUGUUUCCCUCCCUACAUUGCUAUAUUCCUGUCACACCAGAGCAGUUUGCCAAAACCAAACUGGAGACAAAGGUGUUUUUGCAUAUGUUGAUCUAGAUGUACUCACCUAAUAAAGUCUCAUAGUCGAAAACCUGAAA